CUCGGUUGAUCGACUUGUUUUGACGAAGUUGGGUGACGACGAUUCCAUGCACGACGUCCACAACUCGUUCGACCCUGCUACGAUGCUCCAAGUCAAACACAUCACGGAAGUGACGGAUGCGAACCGCGAAUUGCUCCUUCGCGCUGAACCUGUCCACCGCGAGCUGCGCCCCCAGCUCGACGCAGCAUAUUUGGACCAACUAGCCGGAAUCUUUCAAGACCACGGCGAGCUCGUGGUGGCCAUGGACGCCAACAAUGCGGUCGUCGGGAUCGCGCUCUUUCAUGUGUAUCGCGAUACAUUCAGCGGGCGCAAGCUGUACGUGGACGACUUGGUCACGACGUCGGCGAGGCGAAGCCAGGGCGUGGGCCGAACUCUCUUGACGUGGCUCAAGCAGGAAGCCGCGCGACGGCACACGACGCACGUGAUCUUGGAUUCGGGCGUCCAGCGCUCAAAUGCCCAUCGCUUUUAUUUUCGAGAAGGCCUGACCAUCGUUGGAUUUCACUUUUCGACCCCCACCGACGACUCUGAAUAGACACGGUUCGACAUGUCUUGAAACAGUGCAACCGUGUUCGAAUAGACGAUCGUGGACGACUCUCUGCGCGGGAUGCCAUCGCAGCACCCAUCCAUUUUCAUCCUCACUGUUCUCGAUAUGCAUGUAAUGGACCAAACACCUUCCCAACACAACA